GAGGCAGGGGGGUGACAGGCAGUUUCAUCAGCCCUGUCAGUUUUUCGUCAACUUCCUUAUUUUGCCCGUCAGCGUCGUUUCCUCUUUUGCUCACUGACGCCUUCCUUCUUUCUCUGUGGCCCCGCUUCGUGCUACUCGGACCCGUUAACCUGCCAAACAGGAGAGACGAAAUCUGCACUUCACAAGGAAUCAUGAGCGCAGUCUGUUGUCUUCACUUUCGGGGGCCGAACCGGACGUUCCCGGUGCUGAGCUGAGCUGCGGAGCUCGGGCAAGGCCGCAUCACCGUUGAUUUGUGGCGUCCGACUCAUCGUCCGCCUGUCUCCAGCGUCGAUGCGUCCCUUCGUGUCUGGGUUCUAAGUGGCUGCGCGUGUUCGAGAGAGAAGGAAGAGGGUGAAAAGAUGUACGUGUGCGUGCAGUAGCGUCUACGCUGCUCUUGUGUGUCUGUGUGUGUGUGUGUGUGUGUGAUGUCUGGAGACAGCUGCACGCUGCAGUGGAGGAGCAUGUCUCCCACAAGCCCUCCAGAUUCCUCCGAUACGUCUCCCCCGGCGACUGUCGGCAGGGACAGCAUCUUCCCGGCGAAGAUCAUCAAAGUGUGUUUCCUUAGCAACAACUGCAACUUGGGGAAGAACUUCAAGCUGGUCCGCUGUGAGGAAGGAUGGACUGUCAAGGAUAUCAUCAAGGUGGUGCUGUCCAGCGGCUGUGUGGGUCCAGAUAUAACACACAGACUGUGCUACUGCAUGCUCCUCAAACACCUCAAGUCCUCGGAGGUGCACUGGCUUCACCCGGACCUGGCGGUGGCCGAACUCACCCGGCGGUACGAGCAGCAGCACCUGGAGGCCGAGUGGAGAUACGACCUGAGGAUCAGAUACAUCCCGUCGGACUUCAUGGAGGAAUUCAAAGAGGACACAACCACGAUGCUCUACUUUUACAAGCAGGUACGAAGUGACUACAUGCAGCAGUACGCCUCAAAGGUCAGCGAUGGGAUGGCUCUACAGCUCGGUUGUCUGGAAAUUAGGAGAUUCUACAAAGACAUGAAUCCCAACGGACUGGAGAAGAAGUCCAACUUUGAACUAUUGGAGAGGGACGUGGGCCUGGACAUCUUCUUCCCCAAAGAGCUGAUCAACAGCAUGAAGCCCAAACAGCUACGUCGGCUGAUCCAGCAGACGUUCCAGGGCUACUCCACCCUGAAGCAGGACCAGUGCAUGACCAGGUUCUUCACCACUCUGGCUCAGUGCUACAGCUUCACGCAGGAGCGCUUCGCCUGCAGGCUGGUGCACGGAUGGAAUCUAACGAUAGACCUGGUCAUCGGCCCCGAGGGCAUCAGUCAGCAAACCGAAAACUCCACGCCCAUCCGUUUGGCCACGUUCUCUCAGGUGCGCAGUAUCUCCUGCUCUGCUGAGAGCGACGGCCAGGCUCUGCUCACCGUGCACAUAGAGGGAGCCAAACAGCCGCUGUCUGUGAACACGUCCUCCCUGGCCGUGGCAGAAAACAUGGCCGACCUGAUCGACGGCUACUGCCGGCUGGAGGGCGCCUCCGAGAACUCGCUCAUUAUCCGGCCCGGCAAAGGGAGAGAUGCGAGACUGAAGUUACCCGACAUCCCCCAAAGGUCACAGACUGAUGGAAAUGUUGCCACGAAGGCUCGCUUUAACGCAGUCUCCCCCAGUGGCUGUGCCAGUAGUCCGUAUGGAGGCCGGAGUUCUGACAUUUAUGCUGAGAUUCCAGAGGGCGAAAACGUCUCCUCUGAGAAGCACAAGAUCUCCAGACAGCAGGUGGCCGUGGGCCGGAUCCUGGGCGAGGGCUUCUUCGGAGAGGUUCACGACGGCGUUUACAAAAGCCCUGCCGGAGAGAGGAUCUGCGUAGCCAUCAAAACCUGUAAGGACUUCUCGGCGGAAGUGAAAGAGAAGUUUCUCAGUGAAGCCGACCUGAUGAAAAACCUGGACCAUGCCCACAUCGUGCGUCUCAUCGGAGUCAUCGAGGACGAUCCCGUCUGGAUCGUCAUGGAGCUCCUGGAACACGGAGAGCUGGGGGGCUACCUCGUACAGGAGCAGCACACCCUGACCACUGCCACGUUAACACUGUACUGCCUGCAGAUCUGCAAAGCCUUGGCCUACCUGGAGGGCCUCAACAUGGUGCACCGAAACAUAACGGUGAAAAAUGUGUUGGUGGCGUCUCCUGAGUGCGUCAAGCUCGGCGACUUCGGCCUGUCGCGCUAUGUAGACGAACAAGAGUAUUAUAAAGCCUCGGUGAGCCGACUGCCGAUCAAGUGGAUGGCCCCCGAGUCCAUCAACUUCAGGCGCUUCACCACCGCCAGUGACGUCUGGAUGUUUGGCGUUUGCGCGUGGGAGAUCUUCUCGGUAGCCCAGCAGCCGUUCUUCUGGCUGGAGAACGGGCAGGUGAUCGACCAGCUGGAGUCGGGCAUCCGGCUCCCGAAGCCCCAGCAGUGCCCGCCCACCGUGUACUCGCUGCUCAGCCGCUGCUGGGCCUACGAGCCGCGCGGCCGGCCCAGGUUCAGCCAGCUCGUCUGCUCCCUGAGUGACUUCCACAGGAUGGAGCUGGAGAAGGAAGCGAGGCAAAACCGACCGCUGACCGGGGCAGCGCCGUCGGGCCUGGACCACGGCGCCGAGCCUCCGCCCAAGCCAUCCAGAUUACACAGCAAUACCCUUCCUCGAGGCACACACAUGCAGGGAACAGCCAGGGACACCAGGCCGGUGUGGCAGAAAGAGCAAGAGCGCGUGGAGAACACUUUACAAAGACAAAAGAGAGAUAUGAUGAUGGACAAACAGUGGCUGGAGCAGGAGGAGAGACAGCUGGCUCCUGAAAAAAGUCCAGCAAUUGAUCCUCCAGAAAAGCGGCCGAUGCCUUCCCCAGCCACACAGCCUCAGCCCACCGCUGAGCUGGACCGGUCAGGUGACCAGGUUUACACGGCCGUCAUGGCGAUGGUGAAACAGGUGGUCAAGCUGAAGAAUGACGUCAACACACGGCCACCCUCCGAGUAUCCCAACUGUGUCCAGGAGGUGGGGAUCACCCUGCGGAGCCUGAUCCAAAGCGUGGAUGAGAUCCUGCCGUCCCUGCACAGUUCCGUCUUAACAGAGAUCGAGGGGACCAAGAAGCUGCUGAACAAGGAUUUAGGGGAGCUGAUCAUGAAGAUGCGACUGGCCCAGCAGAACUCGGUGACCUCGCUGAGGGAGGAGUGUCAGCGGCAGAUGUUGGCAGCCGCUCACACGCUGGCGCUGGACUCUAAAAACCUGCUGGACGCCGUGGACCAGGCCCGGGUCAGGGCCAACCUGGCCAGGCCCAGACCCGCGUCGCCAAGCGCAGAAGCCCCCGGAGAAUGAAGGACGGACUGUGCGGUACGAAACCAGGGGCUGGAGGUUCGAGGUGGAAGCACGAGCGGAUGUGUUUGUGUGCAUUUGUAUUCUUUCAUUGGAAAAUUAAGUUAAACUGGGAAAUUCUUGAAGUUGAACAAAAUAUACGACCAUUAUGUGUAAAAGAAAUGAAAGUUUUACUGUUGUUUUCUUCCUUGAGAAUACUUUUUACUAUUAAAGGUGUGAUGGGAUUUUUGCA